AUGCCGCCAGAGAUCGCCGCCCACCGUGCUGCAGGCAGCUGCGACGCCCCUCAGUUCGAGACGCCGCCGAAGACGCUGCCGAACCUAGCUCCGAGCGAUUUCGAGAACUUGACUUUCGAGCAGCUGAAGGAGAAGAUUAAGUCCCUGGUCCCGCAGGCCAACGAGGGGUCGGCGGAGGGGGUCACGGCUGCGCUGACGGGCAUCUUCAAGAGCCAGAAGGCCGUCGACCUCCGCACGCUCAAGGCAGCUGAGGAGUCCAAGGAGUCGGCCCUGUGGGACGCCCUGGAGAUGGCUGGCUUCAACUUCCCGACCAAGGCCAGGAAAGGUGACCCGAACGGCAAGGUCAUGGCUGGUCGCUGGGAUAGGUGGAUCAACAACCCGAAGAAUGCCGCCCAGAAGCUGAAGUACAGCUCGUCGGGGAAUCGAGAUGCGAUGGCGGCAUUUCGAGCGCAGUGGGCGUCAGAGAAGGCAUCGGAGCACAGGAAGACCGUCUCGCGCGAGCAGAGCCUGACGAGUGACAUCACCAAGCAGGGUGAGUACCUCGCGAUCGGCAGGAUCGCGUGGAAGCUGGGCGGAGGAUCUGAAGGUUGGCGCGGCGCCACGACCAUGUGCUCGCGCAUGGCCAUGAUGGGGCCGCCGUUCACCGACUACGACGACUGGAGCGACACCUUGAUGUUCAUGUUCAUGAAGAAGGGCUGGAAGGAGACC